AUGGUUGUGAGCAGGCUGGUCAUGUGGGCAAAGUGGAGAAGAGCUGAAAAGCGGGAGCCUCGCACAAAAUGGUGGAAGCUCCGGGACCAAGAGAUGCAAAAUAUUUUCAGAGACAAGCUGGAAAGUAAAGUAAUGGAAGGCGAUGGAGGCUACGAGGAGGUGGCCAACACAAUCAGAGAUGUCGCAAGAGAAACAUUCGGUACUGGUUCGGGGAAGAGCAGAAGAGAAGAUCAAGAAACGUGGUGGUGGAAUGAAGAGGUAAAAGUGGCGGUUGAAAACAAAAAGGAAGCGAAGAAGCAGUGGGAGGUUAACAGGGAUGAAGGGAGCAAGGAGAAUUACAAGAUAACAAAGAGGGAAGCGAAGAGAGCUGUUGCCAUAGCAAAGAGUGGAGCAUUCCAGGAUCUGUACGAGCGUCUGGAGACGAAAGAGGGCGUGAAUGAAGCGUACCGAAUAGCCAAGCAGAGAAACAGACAAAGCCAGGACGUGCAGCAAGUGAAGGUGGUUAAGAGCGAAAAUGGAGAAGUCUUGGUGGAGGGACAAGCUGUGCAGCAAAGAUGGAAGGAGUACUUUGAAGACCUGCUUAACCAAGAAAAUCCGAGAAAGAUGAAGAAAGGGAAAGCCAGAGGCCCCGAUGACAUACCAGUGGAGGCUUGGCUGUCGAUGGGAGAUGUUGGUAGUGGGUGGCUAACGAAGCUGUUGAACAACUUGCUGAAAGGAGAGUAG